AUGGAGCCCUCCUCGCAGAGCCAAGUCACCGGGGGACUGUGGAACAACCCCAGACCCCCCCAGUACAGCAAAGGGACCCAGGAUAUGCUGAAAAUAAUGAUGCAGGAAUCAAAGCUCACCAACCUCCAGAGGAAACAGAUCAACGAAUGCCUGAAGAACGGAACAGCUUUGCCACCACCCUCUGACCCCACACAAUCAGCUUCUCCACCUCAGCCUAAAAUCAGGAAAUCUGUCCAGAAGUGCCUGCCAAACAAGCCUCUGAGGCGCAGUGCUGACUCUUGUCGUUCUGGGAACAACUACGUCAGAGAAAAGUUCCGCCCUGGUCCCAUACGAGACUUAGAAAAAGAGAAGAGAAGGCUUCAAAAUAUCCUGGCAACGGGACAAGAAGAGCCCACAGCUGCAUCCUGCCAAAAUGAUGCUACUGAAGUGAUAGUGGAGAGAGACGAGUAUCAGGAAGUACUGGAUGAGAUAGCGGAAAGAAGACAGUUUCUGGAAGACAUGGCCUCCAUGGGAAAGGAAAAGCAGUACAUCCACAUCAUCAACACUGAGAUAUCACAGAAACUCAGAGAGCUGGAGAUGCUGGAUAAGACCCACAAUCGCCAGAAGGAAGCUGUGACAUCUGAGAGGAGAGCAGAGAGAACA